AUUCAUUCACUCACAUUCAUAACCAUUCUCUCUGUAGCAUUCAAAUCGAACUAUACUCACUUAUUAUCAAGAAACAUGGCGACUGAGGAAAGCAAGAUUCUUGUCAUCGGAGGAACCGGUUACAUCGGGAAGUUUAUCGUCGCAGAAAGCGCUAAAUCUGGUCACCAAACAUUCGCUCUCGUUAGAGAAGCUUCUCUUUCGGACCCGGUCAAGAGCAAAACCGUACAGAACUUCAAAGAUCUCGGCGUGACAAUACUACAAGGAGAUGUGAACGAUCACGAGAGCCUAGUGAAGGCGAUAAAACAGGUCGAUGUGGUGAUAUCGAGUAUUGGAAGUAUGCAAAUCUUGGAUCAAACCAAGAUCAUUUCUGCUAUCAAAGAAGCUGGUAACGUCAAGAGAUUCUUGCCGUCUGAGUUUGGGACGGACGUGGACAGAACAAGUGCGGUUGAGCCGGCGAAAUCUGCUUUUGCAGUGAAGAUUCAGAUAAGGAGAGCCAUUGAAGCAGCAGGAGUACCAUACACUUACGUUGUUAACAAUUGUUUUGCGGGUUAUUACUUGCCUACAUUGGUUCAGUUCGAGCCUGGUCUCACUUCUCCUCCUAGAGACAGAGUCACCAUUUUGGGAGAUGGAAAUGCCAAAGCUGUGAUCAACAAGGAGGAAGAUAUAGCAGCUUACACAAUCAAGACGGUGGAUGAUCCAAGGACUCUUAACAAAAUCCUUUACAUUAAUCCUCCUAAGAACACUUUAUCGAUGAACGAAAUGGUCUCCUUGUGGGAGACCAAGAUCAGCAAGUCUCUUGAGAAGACUCACAUUCCAGAGGAGCAAGUCCUUAAACUUAUCCAAGAGUCUCCAGUUCCUAUCAAUGUUCUUCUCGCCAUAAACCACUCGGUUUUUGUGAAGGGAGAUCAGACUAAUUUCACUAUAGAGCCUUCGUUUGGUCUUGAAGCCUCUCAGAUUUACCCUGAUGUCAAGUAUACGAGCAUUGAGGAGUAUCUCAGUCACUUCGCUUGAAGAGAUUUCUUAAGAAAAACACCUAAUGUACCACGUCCAAGUGGCGAGUUUCAUAUAUGUAAAAAAUAAAAGUUCAUUCUUGUAAUGGUGGAGUAAUGUGUGUUUAUGGUUGUGUCUUUGCAUGUGUGUGUCCAUGAUAUCCAAUUUUAUGGAAUUCCUGAGAUCAGAGAUGGCAUCUAUCUUCGAUUAGAGUCCAUAAGCUUGUUGAAUCUAUUAGAAAAUGGUUUUGAGUCCUUUUGUAUUAAAUUGUGCUAUUGAUUGAAAAUUAAACUAA